CUUUAUUUAGCAUGGAAGACAUGGAGAGACAUACAGCAGUUUUGUUUUUGUUGUGAAAAUAGUGUACGAGGAUGAAAUGAUGCAUUUAUUGACAGGGUUUUACAAGGACUAGUAUCACUUGGUGAGGUGGUGGUGUGUGUAUAUAUUUACAUACCUGAAGAUGCCAACUUCAGACUCAGAUAACAUCAUGACUAAAGGACAAAUAGCGCUGCGCAGUGUGAACGGAGUACCAUCCAAUGGAGCAUAUGUUAACGACAUGAAUUUAGGAACGAGCUCCAGUCAGGUGGAGAUCCUCGGUAACGAGGGCACCAUUUACAAGAAAGGCCCCCGCAAGGAGAGGAUACUUCUGGCAGUGAGCAUGGCACUCUUAGUCGGUUGUAUUGUCGUUCUCGUCCUUUUAUUGACUGGUGUGGUGAACCCAGCACCUUUAGGACAGUCAUCACCUGCCACAGAGAAAGAUGUCUGUCUGGAUCCUGAGUGUGUACGAACAGCUGCAAAUCUAUUAAAUGGGAUGGACCAGACCAUAGACCCCUGUGACGAUUUCUUUGAAUAUGCCUGUGGGGCCUGGAACAGGAAAAACAUCAUUCCCGAAGAUAAGUCAAGUUAUAACACCUUCGGCAAGCUGCGGGAUGAGCUGCAGGUGUUAUUAAAAGCACUAUUAGAGAAACCAGAUAUGCCAAACCAGCCAAACUCUGUGACAAAAACAAGAAAUCUUUACAGAUCUUGUAUGAAUGAAUCUUUGAUAGAGCUCAGAGGAGCCAAGCCAGUUUUUGACUUCCUGGAAACACUUGGUGGCUGGCCUGUCUUGUCGUCAAAUUGGUCGGAGAGUAGUUUUGAUUGGAUAGAGCUGGUGGCCAAACUGAGGCUUUACAACAAUAAGCUCCUCAUUGAUGAGUGGGUGAGCUCUGACGACAAGAAUUCGAGUGUGAAUAUCAUUCAGUUAGAUCAGGUAGAUCUGGGCAUGCCUAGUCGAGAUUACUUCCUGAAGGGGCGUGACGAGAAGGUGGAGGCGUACGAGAACUUUGCUGUGUCCUUGGCGAUACUGAUGGGAGCCAAUGAGACGGUGGCGAGAGAAGAGAUGAGAGAGAUGGUGGAGUUUGAGACAAAGUUGGCCAAUAGUACAACUCCCCCGGAAGACAGACGUGACAAUGAGAAAUUGUACAACAGAUAUACUAUUAGGGAGUUAAAUGGAAGAAUUACUUGGUUUAUAUUCUUGUUUUUGCAAGUUAUACUAUUGUCAUUUCAGAUUGAUUGGCUGAAGUUUCUGAAUAUCCUGUUUCAAAGCGUCAAUAUCACGCUGACAAUGGAUGAGGAGCUGGUGGUCUACGCGCCGGAGUAUUUUGGCAAACUUGUUGACGUUUUACAUGAGACUUCCAACAGAACCAUUGCCAAUUACCUUGUGUGGCGCAUAAUGAUGAACAGAGUUGGCAAUUUGCCAAAGAGAUUCCAGAGCUUGAAUCAAGCUUACAGCAAGGUCCUGUAUGGAACAGAUACUGACCAGGCUCGCUGGAGGAAAUGUGUUAGUUACGCCACAGACAACAUGGGUAUGGCGGUGGGCAGGCUGUUUGUGGAGGAACACUUUAACAGUGAAUCUAAAGAGAGCGCAUUAGCCAUGAUAGCCAACAUCCGGGAUGCGUUCAAUGAGCUCCUCAUGGAAAAUGAUUGGAUGGACACUGAAACCAGAAAAGUGGCCAGGGAGAAGGCAGCAGCCAUGGAAGAAAAGAUUGGUUUUCCAGCAUAUAUUUUAAACAACACAGCACUGGAUGAUGAGUAUACAACUAUUGAGUACCAAGCUGAUAAGUAUUUUGAGAACGUCCUGGCCAACAUCCGCCAUAUUGCUCACCAAAACUUCAAGAAAUUGCGGGAGCCGGUGGACAAGUCUAGCUGGUCCACAUACCCACCAGUGGUCAAUGCUUUCUACAGCGCCACCAAGAAUCAAAUUAUGUUUCCCGCAGGAAUCCUUCAGCCUCCAUUUUACAGCAAAACAUUUCCCAAAUCACUCAAUUAUGGUGGUAUUGGGAUGGUGAUUGGUCAUGAAAUUACACAUGGAUUUGAUGAUAGGGGCCGUCAGUUUGACAAGGAUGGUAACCUGGUGCAGUGGUGGGAUCAGACAGUGGUGGACAACUUCAAGAAGAAAACUUUGUGCAUUAUACAGCAAUAUGGCAACUAUACUGUGAAGGAAGUUAAUAUGAAUUUGAAUGGGAUCCAGACCCAAGGAGAAAAUAUAGCUGACAACGGGGGCUUGAAACAGGCUUUUAGGGCGUACAGGAAGUGGGUAGCAAAGCAAGGAAAAGAGGAGAGCAAACUACCUGGGAUAAGCCUUAACCACAACCAACUUUUCUUCCUCAAUUUUGCUCAGAUGUGGUGCGGGACAGAUCGACAUCAAAGACUUUUCCAAAAAGUAUUGGCAGGAGCACACAGUAUAAACAGAUUUAG